CAAUAGCGAAUAACCAGAGGAGUGAAAAAACCACUAAAACCCUAAUUACCCAAAGCAGUAGUAUGCAGUGAGAUCGGAGGGAGAACCGAAAGGUGAAUGUGGCUGAGAAAGACACCACAGGUCUGUUCGAGGGAUAGGAAAAGCAACACCAACACCCAAAACGGAAAGAAAGAGAACCAUUGAACCACGGAAUUGUUAACCAGUUGAAGGAUAAUGGGUCGGAAAGCUGGUACGCUUUUUAUCAACCCCAAGAGAUUUGGUUCACUUCAUAAGCCUUGCAUGAAGGAAAUGGCAAUGUUGCUCAAUUGUAUGGCUGCAAACCACAGCGACAUGGAAGCCUGUGCUCGUCAGAAGGAGCUAUUAAAUGCCUGUAUGGAUUCUCAGAGUAAAAAGAACAGAAAGUCUUGGGGAAGUAUCAAUUAUCAACUGCAGAGGUUUAACCGAGGAAGGAAGUAAUUCCAGGUUUUCGGAUAUGUAUUGUUUUUAGCAUUCAGGAUCGAUAUUUGGAAAGCUUGGGGUGUGUUAUGCACUGCUUUGGUUGUCAACCUAAGCUAACCAACUGUAUUCUCUCUUGAAGUAUCUUGAUGAUGAAACUUAUACUUUUUGGUUUUUUAAACCAUUUCAACUAAGUUGAAAGAGAUGGCGGAAUAAUGUUGAAGAAUACCAGUGUAAUUUAUUACCUGUAUCAACUAAAGUUUCAGUAUGCUGCAUAUCAUUUAUGACACCACCACACAAUGUGAUAUUGGCACUGCCUGUUAAAAAAAUAUUUUAUAAUUGAUGAACAUGAAGGUUGUUUAUGUUGCA